UUCUGCGACAGCUCUUUCGAAAACCCAGUCUAACCAGACCCUUGCAAUUCUCCAAGACAUGCGGACAUAUCUAUUGGGUAAUUGUCAGAAGUCGACUAUCUUUGCCUUCUCGGAAGUUGACAAAGUGGCCGCGGGUAUUUACAUCGGAGGGAGUCUCCAACAUGCCCACAAUAUCGAUGCUAUUAUGGACGAUGUCGCGGACUUGCUUCAGACCUCGCAGAUUUAUGACAGUGGAGUGUGGCAAUACUGUGGAAUCAACUCCAAUCGCACUCUGGGACUUGCAGUCGAUUUGAAUGGCGACUUGGCAGCUGUGCAACAGUAUGUCCGCACUUGGAGCGAUGGGAAAUGUGUUUCGGGUUUUACCACCACCCAAACAGGGAGCGCCGAGCUUGCCUUGACUAACACACUCCUUUCCAAUUCUUCCCAGUCAGGCAUCUCCCAUACACACUCCGUGCUUCACGCCCAUCGUCGUUCUACUUGCUCGUAUGUGCAGGUGGUGUCAGGAGAUUCUUGCGCUUCUCUUGUUGAGGAGUGCGGCAUCACAUCCGAUGAGUUCUAUGAUUACAACACCGCCAGCGACCUCUGUUCAACCCUUGCCGUGGGCCAGUAUGUCUGUUGCUCAUCAGGCACUCUUCCCGAUUUUGCUCCAUCACCCUAUGCUAAUGGAACGUGUUAUACCUACGACGUUGUGUCUGGGGACUCGUGCUCGGUCCUUGCAGCAACGUAUAGCAUAACGGAAGAUGACAUCGAGGAUUUCAACUCCGAUACCUGGGCUUGGUAUGGCUGCGACAACUUGCAAGCUGGUCAGUCUAUCUGCUUGUCGGAUGGCAAUGCUCCUUUACCCAUCGCAAUCACCAAUGCAGUUUGCGGGCCCCAAGUCCCAGGAACCAACUUCACCGGUGCAACCGAUGCAGCGGCAUGGGCCCUACUCAACCCAUGCCCGGUCAAUGCGUGCUGUGACACCUAUGGCCAGUGUGGCGCCACUCCCGAUUACUGCAAUGAUACUUUGGCUGCCACUGGUGCGCCUGGCACCGCGGCUGCUGGCUCUUACGGUUGCAUCUCCAAUUGCGGAACAGAUAUUGUAAACACCGCAACUGCGCCUUCAUCCUACUCCGCCGUAGGCUACUUUGAAGCCACCAGCGUUGAUCGACCUUGUCUGCAAAUGAACGGUUUUAGCAUCAGUCCUCAGCAGUACACUCAUGUUCAUUUCGCGUUCGGCAACAUCACCUCGACAUAUUCCGUCAGCAUCGCCGGGGCAGAGCAGCAAUUCACGUAUUUUCAGGAACUAGAAGGCAUGAAGCGCAUCAUAAGCUUCGGCGGCUGGGAUUUUUCCACUAGUCCUGACACCUAUAUGAUCUUCCGUGAAGCCGUCACCGCCGACAACCGCGAUACGCUGGUCCAGAACGUCGUCGACUUCUUGGAUCAGUACGACCUGGAUGGUGUGGACUUCGACUGGGAGUACCCCGGAGAGCCUGAUAUCCCUGGGAUUCCUGCCGGAAGUGAUGAGGAUGGCUCCAACUACCUGGCUUUCCUUACAGCCCUACGCGCGGCCUUACCCUCCAAGUCCAUCUCUAUCUCCGCCCCGGCAUCCUACUGGUACCUAAAGGCUUUCCCCAUUGCGGAGAUUGCCGAGGUGGUUGAUUACAUUGUCUUCAUGGCGUAUGAUCUGCACGGCACCUGGGAUCUGGGAGACGACUCUGCCCAGUCCGGCUGUGCUGCGGGCGACUGCUUGUUCAACCACGUCAACCUCACCGAAACGAUGUGGGCUUUGUCCAUGAUCUCCAAGGCCCCGGUGGCCACCAGUUCAAUCAUGGUAGGCGUAGCCAGCUACGGCCGCUCGUUCGAAAUGACGACCGCCGGCUGCUAUUCCUCGUCCUGCACGUGGUCCGCAGGAGGAGCGGCAGGCCCGUGUACCCAGACCACCGGCUACAUCUCGAACGCCGAGAUCAAUCAAAUCCUUGCGGAGAACUCGGACGCACAGUGGAUCUUCGACAGUGCCAGUGAUUCCGACAUUUUGGUGUAUAACGACACCCAGUGGGUGGGCUACAUGACCAACACAACCAAGAGCACCCGCACGGCGUAUUACCAGACAUACAACUUCGCGGGCACCAGCGAGUGGGCGAUCGAUCUGGAGGAGUUCGAA